AUAUUUUAAGUGAGUAUUGUAAGAUAAUGCUGCGGUAUAUAUUAACCAGGUAGAGGGCCGGGGUGCGCGGUGGACGGCCUGUCUUUCCUUGCGUGGUCGCCCCUUGGACCUGAGACCGUCAGCUGUCUAAGGGAACCACUCGAUUUUUUCAUCAUGGGUUUCAUUAAAGUUGUCAAGAAUAAGGCGUACUUCAAGCGGUUCCAAGUCAAGUUUAAGAGGCGCCGAGAGGGCAAGACUGACUAUUAUGCUCGUAAGCGUUUGGUGGUACAGGCUAAAAACAAGUACAACACGCCUAAGCACCGCAUGAUUGUGCGUAUCACAAACACUGAUGUCAUCGCUCAGAUUGCAUAUGCCAGAAUUGAGGGAGAUGUUGUCAUUGCUGCUGCAUACUCUCAUGAACUUCCUAGGUUUGGCAUCAAGAUUGGCUUCACCAACUAUGCAGCAUGCUACUGCACUGGACUCCUGCUUGCAAGGAGGAUUUUGAAGAAGUUCAAACUGGAUGCCAUUUAUGAAGGUCAGAAAGAAGCUGAUGGAGAGAUGUAUUCAGUUGAGGAUGUUGAUGAGGGACCAGGAGCCUUCCGUGCCAACCUUGAUAUUGGUCUGGCACGUACCACUACUGGGGCCAGGAUUUUUGGCGUCAUGAAGGGUGCUGUAGAUGGUGGCAUUGAAGUUCCCCACAGUGAGAAGAGAUUCCCUGGUUAUGAUAAGGAGACUAAGGAAUUUAAUGCUUCUGUUCUUCGUGAUCAUAUUAUGGGUAACCAUGUGGCCAAUUACAUGCGGGAACUUAUGGAGGAAGAUGAAGAUGCCUACAAAAGGCAGUUCUCCCGUUUCAUCAAGAAAGGCGUUACACCUGAUGAGCUGGAAGACAUGUACAAGAAGGCACAUGCAAACAUCCGUGCCGAUCCACUACCCAAGCCCAGAGUGGAGAAGAAGGUUACAAAGAAGAGAUGGAAUGCCAAGAGGAUGACCUACGAGGAACGCAACGCUGCUGUUCAAAAACGCAAGGAUGCCUGGCUGGCUAAGAUUGAAAGGGGGGAAGCUACUAUUGAAGAGUUGCGUGUACCUAGGCAUCACCAUUAAAGCUUGUGCCCUGUU